UUUUGAAAUACUAAACAUUUGUUACGAAACAUAUCCAAUGAGUAAUUGGCUUCGAAAUGUCCAGUCGGAAUUAAAACAUGAUGCGGACUGUGUUAUUUGUUUUUAAAACAGAGAGGUGAUUUAUGUACAUGGUCUCAUUUCAGAAAUGUCUUCCAAAACCAAAGAUGGCGUCGCACGUGACGUCACAGACAUGGCGAUGGGCGGCGCGUCGGCCAUGUUUGCGACGAUCUUCACGAACCCGAUUGAAGUGGUCAAAACCCGUCUGCAACUUCAAGGGGAGCUGGCUGCCAGGGGCAAACACGCGGUUUUCUACAAGAACGUCCCGCACGGGUUGUACGUGAUAGCUAGAUCAGAAGGGAUUGUCGCUUUGCAGAAUGGAUUACCUGCUAUGCUAGGGUUCCAGUUCUGCCUCAAUACAUUUAGGUUAGGUGUGUACCGUAUAUCCGAACGCCGCGGCCUGACCGCAGUUGAUGGGCGCACCUCGGUAACACGAGGCGCGUUGGCGGCUGGCGUUGGAGGGGCGUUGGGCUCCAUCGCCGGGACGCCCUUCUUCCUAGUGAAGACUAGACUGCAGGCGCAUGCCACGGCAGCCAUCGCCGUUGGUCACCAGCAUAAGCAUAGCGGGACUUUGAGCGCGCUGACUGCGAUAUACCGCAACGAAGGUGUUAAAGGUUUAUUCCGAGGCGUGGGGCCUCAGAUCCCGCGCGGUGCGGUUGGCAGUAGUUCCCAGAUGGUCAGCUUCGCCUUCGCCAAAGAGUGGCUCAGCGAGCGCAGCGUGCGGGCGCCGUUGCUGCUGUCCUUCCUGGCCGCCAACCUGGGGGGCGUGGUGAUGACGCUGUGCUUGAACCCCUUCGACGUCAUGGCCACGAGGCUGUCCAAUCAACCGGUCGACAGCAACAACCGAGGCAAACUGUACCGCGGUAUGACAGACUGUUUCCUCAAAAUGUUACGCACGGAAGGGGCGGGUGCAUUUUACAAAGGACUGACCGCAAACUACCUCCGGCUCGGACCGCACACAGUCCUCCUGCUGGUCUGCUGGGACCAACUGAAGAUAUUAGAGGAGUUCUUAAGACGUUGACAAAGUCAAGGUCAAGUACACAUAUGCAUAGUGUGUCAACGAAUCCACCUGCAUUGAAUGAGUAGGAAGUUCGCCCACUUGCAACGCCUGCGAAAGGCCAGCACAGAUUUGCUUGCGCGCCGGUGCUCUCAAAGAGUAUACAAAGAAGUUUACUAUAUUAUUAUUAUUAUUAUUUCACUAUAUACUCAUUACACAUAGUUAUGACUAUCUCCAAGGUUCCUUCAAAAUUGGUUAAAAAGGGUAAAAAAAUCAACAGACACAAUUUCACAUUAUGUAACGUAAGUCAGAUAUUACGUACAACGAAUACUUGAUGUUUUCGCGUCGCUUCGCAUUACCGUGUUUGACGUUCUCUUAGGGUAUGGGGUAAAAGACGAAACAUUAUUUUAUCACCCCCUGUGUUUCAAUUCGAAAUAACUAUUUCACGAAGCAAGAACAAUCGCUUUUUUUAAUGAAGAAAAAAAAUUGUAUACAGGAAUAAUUAGAACUAUUUUUAAGGGAAAUUAUAUUCUAUUUUCAAGAUGAGAGAUUGAAUUAAGUAGUGCCCCUUCUGUCUAUAGGCAAUGUAGAAAAAGGAAAGCACUGUUGAAUUCAAACCGUCAUUUGAAGAUUUUGGCUUAGUUUGAUUUUUAGGCGUGAAUCUGGGCAGCUUUUGACCUGGCCUGGUCGGGAAUUUAACGUGAUUUUUUACUAAGCCUGAUAAUAACGUGCAUUUAUAAGAUUAAGUAAACAUUUAAGGCAUUAAUCCAUAUCAAUAUAUUUUUUAAAUAUCGUUACUUUUGGCCCUUCCUGCAUCUUUAAAAAGGAAGUUAAUUUAUAAUA